AUGAGCCAGAGCAGCCUGCCCCCCGAUUCGGCCCCAGCUGAGGGUUCUUCUCACAAGAGAGAAAGCACAGUAGCAGCAGGAGAGCGCGACGCCACUCUCUUACAGGCAGGGACUUCUUCCCCUCGACGGUACAGUACGCGAAAGAGUUCGAUAGGCAGCGCGGGGGUCCCUGCUGAUGCACCUUUAGAAGAAGGGCCGUCGCAGGUGUCUGCUGCUCCUACUGCUGCAGCAACGUUUGGAGAUGGUGUGGGCGGAGAGGAGCUGCUGCAAGAGACGAAUUUGCUGCAGCCUCCUUUGCCUUCCUCUGCAUUGACGAUGAGCGUAAGGGAAUAUUUAGAAAAAGAAAUCGUCCCGGCCCUCCUACCCGCCUUGGCCGCCCUCUGCGAGGAACGGCCCCCAGCCCCCGUACAGUACCUUGCCCACUACCUCUUAGAAAAAAGCUAUCAAAACAACCCCAAACCCUAA